GGCCACGAAUUGUGCUCGAGGUGGCAGAGAUCCUUGGGAUGGACUCCCGCUUUCCCUCGCGCUGGCGUGGGAAAUCACGCGCCAUUGAAGGUUGAUGUUGUGCAUGCGCGGUGGUCGACUAUGUGCAUGGUUGAUGCUACAUUGCCUGGCUUCGGCGGCCUCCAUUUGCGAAUGUAUGUGCAUGCUCGAAGAUUAUUUUGAGGCCUUUUGUUUCGACGACAGCACGCAACAGUUGGAGUUUGCUCUGUUAUUAUUGCUCUCCAAACAGCGCAACACACCCUAUGUUGGUGAAAGGACCCCGGCAUAAUGGAGGAGCGGGUGGAGGAUUCGGCCAUUACCACCUCUGUCACCACAUCAAUCCCGUCUGACAGUGUCACCGUGGAGACGAGCCUGGCCAAUAAAAAUGGGGGCCAAGCUGUUGCCAGGACACACCAGGAUGUAAACAUAACCAGCAUAGCCGUGGCUUCAUCCGUCGAGACCAUAACCAACACUAAGGUCAACCGACCUAUGGAAUUAUCCACACACAGUGAAGCUAGCUUGGCCAUAUCUGUAUCCAUCGAUGCCAUCACAACCAAAGAAGGAAGUGGAAACAUAGCCUCACCUAUAGGUAACAAGAGGAAAUCUGAAGCUAAGCCAUCGCCAGCUGCCCCCCUGAAAAAGUGUCUCUCCGAUCUCGCCCUCCCCUCAUCACCAGUUGCCGAAGGCCCAGCCCCCAGAGACCUGCACCCCGGGGAGGAACACCUAUCGGCGGUCAGGUCGUGCAAUGGCGUUGUGGUCACUCUGGAGAACAGCAGUGUCUGGAGGGAGUUCCACCGCUGCGGGACUGAGAUGAUCCUCACCAAACAGGGACGGCGCAUGUUCCCCUACUGCCGCUACCGCCUGUCGGGUUUGGAACCAACACGCCGUUACGCCCUGGUGCUGUCAAUCACCCCUGUCGACACAUACCGCCACCGCUGGAACCUGAAGGAGUGGGAACCCAGUGGUCCCGGGGAACCACACACCCAGGCCUCCUCCAGAGUCUUCCCCCACCAGGACUCCUCAGCACUGGGGAAAGUAUGGAUGGCCAAUCUGGUUUCCUUUUAUAAACUCAAACUGACUAACCACUCCCUGGACCAAGAGGGGCUGGUGCUGCUGCACUCCAUGCACCACUACAGGCCCAGUUUACAUGUGAUCCCAGUCGCAGAUGCCGGCGGCCUUGGCUUUGACCCUAAGCUGCUCGACGUCCAGCUCCUCGGUCCUGAGGUCAUGACCUUCACAUUUCCUCAGACGGAGUUCUAUGCCGUCACGGCAUACCAGAACAGCAAGAUCACCCAGCUCAAGAUAGACUAUAACCCUUUUGCCAAGGGCUUCCGGGAGGAGAGUGGCAGCCCGCGCUUCAGCAAGCCCAAGCCAGAGCAGUCUCAGGCAGGGAAGGGAGGCACCCGCUCCCCCGGUCUGAGCUCCGCUAGGCCCGAUGCUGGUGAGAGGACUGAGCAGUCUGUGGCUGUGAAUGGCGUGGCUGAUCUAAGUAUAAAGAACCAGCCUCUCCAUUCAACUCACCCUGUGGAGGCUAAAGUCUCAGGAAAGCCAAGGAGAGCCGCGCCUGGUCUCGCCCCUACAACAGACACUGACGCCAGUCAGACUGAUGUGUCGGCCAGCGAGGAGGGCAUGGACCUUGACGACAGUGACAGUGAUCACGUCUUCCACAAACAGUAUCUCCGAGCACAGCUGGCACUCCCCUCAGGAGCCACCAAGCCUGGGGACAGACAGAGGGCUGUGGGGGAGAGACAGGGAGCUGGUAGCAAGAUGGACUGUCUACAGGCCAGCCUCACUGCUAAACCUUGGAAUGCCCCACAGUCUGCUAUGUUAAAUGCAACACGCUGUUCGAAGCCUUUGGAAACUUCCAAUGCAGAGUCUGAGAGCACAUACUCACAGAAGGUUGAGCAUGUAAAACCCGCUGUGACCUCACCCGACGUGCUUCCGGAACUUCAGGACGACAGGUCGGCCAGCUUAACCCCUAAACCGCCCAAACUACAUAAUAUUACACCCAAGCCUUCUGCGCUUACCCCCGCACCCUCACCUCUGACCCCCACCGCCUCCCCCUUUGCCGUCCCUAAGCCAUGGAAGAAGGGACGUAAGCCCGGGGGCAAUCGGUGGGGCAGCGGUGGAAAAGUCUCCAAGGGAACUAAGGCGGCUGUUACGGCAACCGGCAGCCCGGUAACUGUCGCUAUGCAACCGGAACUGGACGACGUGGAGGGUCUACUUUUUGUGUCAUUCACUUCCAAGGAAGCUCUCGGCGUCCAUGUGGAGGACGUGUCACCCAGCACCCCGUCACCUGUGACUCUGGAGCUCCCGGAGAAAACUGUAGUGGAGAGUGAUGAUGAGAAGAUAAGCCGUCUGCAGACUGUCCUUCUCCAGGACCUGAACAAACUCAAACACCGGCAGACUAUCCAUCCAGUCCUUCAGGAGGUGGGCCUGAAGUUGAGCUCUCUGGACCCAGGCCUGGCCAUCGACCUCCAGUAUCUGGGAGUGUGUCUGCCCCUCCCUCCCCCUGUGUUCUCUGGGCCGGGCAACGGUAUGUGCGCUGAUGGAAGCAGGUCCUUUGUCUCCAGGACGGGGAAGACCAGUGAUCUGACCAAGAUCAAGGGCUGGAGGGACAAGUUCACCAAGACCAAUGAGUCCUCACAGAACCACAACCCCAACCGCUCGGCCUUCUGCAGCGACAUGCUCGACCAAUACCUGGAAAGCGAGGCCCAGCGCAUCAGCGACCGGGCCGAUGCCUUCUCCCACAACCCCCUGGCCUCCGUUGCCUACCAGCUCCCUGUGACCAGCACCAGCUACGUCCGGACCCUUGACAGCGUCCUGAAGACUCGCACCCCUCCUCCCGCACCUCGCACGUUCUGUAAACCCUGCCCCCUCUCCCGCAAACCCCUCCUGUAUGCCGCUCUGAAGAUGCCCCCUCCACCCAUCAACAAACACAGUUCCCCUCCCAAGUCGGCCAAACCCACACCAGCGCAUUCCAAACAGACCCAUAUAUCACCGGCACACGGCAAAGCCAGAUCGGCGUCGGUACUACGUCCCAUAAAGAUCUCUAACAGUAACAAAACGACUGGUGCUAAAACUACAGCUGGGGGUAAAGUCACCAGCCCUACCACACAAAAGUCUUCCCCAGGUAAGGGUGCAGCGAGGAGGGACACCAGUCCAGGAGGAAGCCUCUCCGGCGGGUUGCCUGUCCACCCUAGGAACCAACUCCGACAGAACGGCCUCUCUAAGAUCCAGCUGAAAAUGAUGGAGAUGGAGGACGCCGCCUUCUACCAGGGACAUGAUAGAACUCACGUCACUAAUGAGAGGCUGCAGGCAGCGCUGGUGGCACUGCUUACUGCACAGGGUCUUCCUAAGAGCCGUGGCCCCAAGGCCAGCCCGGUGGACGGUCCAGAGUGUGGUUCUGAGUUCUGCAGGCUAGGGUGUGUGUGUUCCAGCCUGGCCCGGGUGUCAAGGGGUCCUCUCCACUGCUACCGGCCCGACUGCAUGCUAGGCUGCUCCUGCUUCAAACGCAGGAUCACCAGGCAGACCCCAGCCAAGGACCAAACUCAGACGGCAACCGUUUACGCCGUGUCAAAUGUGGACCACGAGGUCCAGCCCAGUCGAGGCGUCCACGUCUCCACCCUGUGGGACCGCGGCGCGGGGCCGGACCCCGAACCCCUCUUCAUUCCGAAAACCGCCCCCAGCACAGCCUCUCCACCUUCCCAGGUCAAGGCUCUAGCCAAGACCUCCCAACCGGGACCCAAACGCUACAAACCUCGUAUAACUCCUGAGCUACUAGAGGAGGACAAGGACCCUGUCUACAAGUACUUUGAGAGUAUGAUGACAUGCGCCCGCGUCAGAGAGUUCAACAGCAAACCCCCGCCACAGGUCCAGCCCCCCCAAGCAUGCCUCUUCAAUGAAAGUUACAGCUUUGUCAUCCCCAGCAGCGGAACGAAGAAGAUCGCUGCCAUCCUCUCGCCUCCAAAUAAAUCAGUUGUACUAGGGAAGAGUCCUCCAACCCAGGCCAAGAAGGCCAAAGGUCCUGAACCCACCAGGCCAAAGGAGGUUGUUCCGGGGAAGAGUCCUCCGACCCAGGCCAAGAAGACCAAAGGUCCUGAACCCACCAGGCAGCUGGAAAUUCAGUCAGAGUGUAACUGGGACCAGCAUCGGAAACUGGUCUUGGGGGUCCUUUGUAAACGCAUGACUCAGAACCGUCUGACGGAACCCUUCAACAUCGGCCCAUACCACGUACGCCUCCUCUCCAACACGUCCAUGCGCAAGCCUGAAGGCACCAUCAUCAUUUUCAAGGUUUGCAUCAGUAAAGUUCCAGUUAAACGUACCGAUGGUAGUGAGGCAUCCAACAGCGAGGUCACCGACAACAGCAGUGAUGACAGUUGUGAUGAUGAUGAGGAGGAGGACGACGAUGACGACGACAUCUCUAAAGCAGAGCCUGACCAGGUCGGGGUGACUCCCUUCCUCACCAGAGUGAUGCCGGCAGGACGACUCCGAGCCAGAAAGAAACGACCAGGAUGCCCUGCUGUGGGGCUGAUCCAGGUGAACGGUAAAUCUUACUCCCAGGCGCGCCUGCUGCUGGGGCAGAUGGGCGCUCUGCAUCCCGCCAACCGACUGGCCGCGUUUGUCACGGGCAGGUUGCGCUCUGUAGCGAAGUCUGCACAGAGUGCUCCUCAAAAGCCGCUCUCCCGCUACCUCAAGGAGAAGAAAACACCCCUGGGUCCCAGGCUCUUGAAGACAUCAGCCACUGCUUGUACUCUACAAGGGAGUGGUGGUAUUGCCACCACGGCCAAAAAGACGGCUGCGACCCAGAAAAUAUUCCAAACCAGUGCAGGGAAGACCAAACUACCUCCAUACAGACCAGCGUGGUCCCUUGGGGUCAAAUCGAAGGGCAAAACCUCCACUAGUCAAACCACAACCACCACAGACCCCAAAGACCCAACCGGCUCCCGCCUCCUUCUGAUUCCCAUGUCCGUCCCCUCUCCUGCCCCUCCCCCGCACGAGGCGCCCCCUGUAGGAAAGAUGCUUCUACAGACAGUCUCCUCCUCCCAGGGUUGUAAGACGUAUCGCCAGCCCAACGGACAGCUGAUUAAACUAGUACCUCUGAAUCAGAUGCGUUCCAUAAAGCCCAAGAAUCAGGAAAACUGCUCUGGUUCUGCCGCCGAGACGUCCACGCCCAACAGGGCACUCCCGCCCCCGCCCCCCCCUCACCCCCUGCCGUCCCCCUCCCCACGCGCCCCUCAUCAAAUUCAUCACGGGCCAGUCGGGUGCAAUCACCCUGUCCCAGACCACCUCAUCCACCUCCCCCGUUUCUCUCACCGUCUCCUCCUCCCCGAAGACGCCCAGCUUCUUGGGGCACACCGGGACCUACUCCUUCAGGAUCUGUCCUCCACCAGUAGGAGACCAGGGCCCCAGGGGUAAGGGUCAGGACCCAGCAGGAGUGG